AUGCAUGGUAUGAAGAUGAACUUCCAUUCAGGUGCGUCCGAGGAAUAGUCUUUCAUCGAAGGGACUAACUUCUAUAACAGCACAUGACUUGGAUAUACUAUGGAAACAAUACAACUCAGUCUUCUCCUGAUGCUGUGUUUGGGAGUCUAUAUAUCAUCUUCAGAAAUGUUGAAGCGACAAAAAAGAAACUGGAUCAUUGAUUCCUUUAGCAUUGAUGAAGACUAUAAAGGAGUUUUCCCAUACACACUGGGCAAAAUUUCAGUCAUGAACAAGUUUGUCUCUUUCAAGAUAAAUGGUCAAGGUGCUGAUGAAGAACCCAAAGGCAUAUUACAAAUCAAUAAAAUCACAGGGGAGCUUACUGUCCAUGGCCCCGUUGACUAUGAGAAAUUCAAAGUUUUAAAACUAGUAUGUAUGGCAUAUGACAAAGAAAAUCAUGUAAUAGACACAAACCUGGGCAUUGAGAUAUUGAUUAAUGACGCAAAUGACAACCCUCCAAAAUUUGACCAUGACAUGUACAACAUCAGCAUACCGGAGGCAACAUCACAAGGCACUGCAGUGAUUACCAUUAAUGCAAGAGAUGUUGACACCAAAGAGAACAAUACAUUAUUUGAUUUUAAAAUAGUCUCAGAUCCUCCACUACAUGACCAUGACCUGGAGUUCUACUUGACCCAGGUCUCUGAAACGGCAACCAUUUCAUUUAAAGGGUGUCUGAACCAUGAGAAAGCAGAGAAAUACACCAUUAUAGUGGAGGCCAAAGAUCGUGGAGAACAAAUACAGCUUGCCAGUUCCUGCACCGUCAUAAUCCACAUAGAAGAUGGAAAUAACCAUCUUCCCUUGAUAACAGGACAUACAGGUCCAGGGAGAGUGAAAGAAGGAGAGGAAAAUGUGCUUGUGUCACGUCUGCAAGUUACAGACAAAGAUAGCAAAGGUACAGCUGCCUGGAGAGCCAAAUAUCGAAUCCAAGAAGAUGCAAACAACAACUUCAGAAUCACUACUGAUCCCGAGACAAACGAUGGCCUACUCUAUGUGAAAACGCAUCUGGACUAUGAAGACAGUCCUCUGAAGAAUGUGACUAUCAGUGUAGAGAAUGAGAUACCCUUUGGCAUAUGCAAGGUGGUGAGGCGACACACCACUGGUCUUUGGGAAGUGGUCACUAUUGGAGGUGCCACUAUUGGUGGUGCGACUGGGACAGAGACACACAGUCUGUCCACCUGCCUAGUGACAGUGAUUGUGGAGAAUGUAAAUGAGCCUCCGAUUUUUGACGCACCUAACAAACAAGUUACGUUGGUUGAGAAUGUCAAGGUGGGUCACUACCUGGUGACAUUUACAGCUAGAGACCCUGACGUUACCAGUGCCAACACACUUGUAUACAUAAAAGGAAACGAUCCAGCUGAUUGGGUUACAGUGGACCCCAAGACUGGAAAAAUAACCACAUCAAAGAUCAUAGACCGGGAGUCAUCCUUUGUGAAAGACAAUAUCUAUAACGUCACAAUAUGUGCUGUUGAAAAUGGUCAACCUCCAAUGACAGGCACAGCAACCCUGCACAUCUAUAUUAUCGAUGAGAACGACAAUGCUCCAUCCCUAGCUGUAAACACAAUUGACAUGUGCCAAUCUGAUGGACUCUCUCUGGCCAACAUCGUUGCCUCUGACCCGGAUGAAGAGCCCUAUGGUGGACCUCUCACCUUUGAGCUCCAGGAAAAAGAGAAGGGCAAGUGGAAGCUUGACACUAGACAAGAGUAUUCAGUCAACCUGGUGAAAAAGCCAACAGUUCCUUCUGGACAAUAUGAGUUGUUACUGGAGGUGUUUGACCAUCAGGGCUUGAAAGCUGUACACAACCUGUCAGUUACUGUGUGUGACUGCGUUGACAGGCCAAACUGUCGCAUCCGCAAAGCUACUGGCUCUGCAGUAAGAGGAGGAGUGCUUGUGGUCAUUUUUUUCGCCAUGCUACUGCUUGCAGGUAUGCUACUUUUGGCUUUUCUGGUGUUAUGUAAGGAAAAGAGCAUCGCAAUCCCAGAUGACGAUUCAGGACAAGGACAACAACUCAUGAACUGUAACACUGAGAAACUGGGAACUGACUGCAAAGUGAUGUUUGAGCCACUCGACAAAGGAUAUGAGGAACAAAGCCCAACAAAGUCUCAAGUUGCGGUGAAGCGAGUAAUUGUGAUUAAAACUAUUCAUUUAAUAACAAGCUUAUAA